AUGCCACUCACGGAGAUGAGUGCGACAGAGGUGCCGCGGGUGUGCAGUCGGCUCGCAUCUUUUCAAUCCUCUGCGAAGCCAGGUCGCGUCUCUACCAUCGCGACUGCCACGUCGACCGCAGAGAGCAGUGAUGCGGCAUCGUCGCCGCAGGAAGAGGCGGAGCAGCGCUUGUCGGUGGACGUGGCCAAGAUGGUGGAGAUGGGGAAAAGGUUGAUGGCAGAGCGUCAGCCCUUUUACGCGGAGAAGUUCUUCGUGAAAGCACUGCGAACCCUCGAUGCGGUUGCCGCGGAUGUUGAUCGGGUCGUCGCAUCCCGAGAGGACUACGAUCACAGCGUCGCCCUGUGUCUGGCCUGGGCUGGCCUGGCGCAAUUGGUGCAGGGAAAGCAAACCGCCGAGAACGCGUACUUGGAGCGUCUUGACCGAGAGGCCGCGCUGCAGCCCUUUCGCGAUGCGCCACUCGAUGAUGCGAACCGUGCAUUGACUACCUGGCGGUUGAUGCAAGGUGCACCGCGUCCGUGGAGCGAGACGCGAGAUAGCGAGGCGAAGCUGCAAGCGGCACUGUCGUCAAGGGCACACGAUACCGUCGCCCGUAGUCUUCUCGUGAUCACAUUGUUCCUUAAAGGAGACCUGGAGCGUGCCAUGACGGAGGCGCUGAAGCUGCACGUGUACGGUGACGCCUUUGGCUGCGUGGCCCUCAAGCACAUGUCUCGCUUCCUGGGCAAGGACCACGUGCUGGUGGAGCGUCUUGGAAUGCCCGCCUUGACGGAGUCGAUAUAG